UGCCGCAGUUUUAGACUAAUAUAGCCCAUAAUGAAACAUGUCUCCCAGGAAUGUGCCAGUUUUAAUCAAACCCGCCAAAGGUAAUUGGACACAAUUACAGUCAUGUGAAAGUUUGAGAUGCAGCAAUAUACGUCCACACAGACGGAACAAUGCAGCUAUUGUGCUUGUGCGUAAUGAAGUUUGUGUACAUUUCCAAAACCAAAUCAAGUAAAUACAAUACCAUUACAAAUCAGAGCAUUUUUAUUUAAAAGAAAAAAAGUUACAUUUAUAAAGACAAAGAGGAAAACGUAAUAGUGAAUAGUGACAUAAAAAGGGGUCUCCCAAAACUUUUUUUCCCGUCGCUCGGACUUUUUUCAGAAGUUCACCUCAACUUUUACGCAUUUUUGGAGGAAAAGAGCGCACGGAAAUACUGCAAUUUCAAUACUUUCUUCUUAAAAUGCAAAAUAUAUUUAAUCAUACAAAAUGAGUUAUAAGUUUUGGACACAUUUUUUGGUUAUAAAAUUACCUGUAUCCCACACCAUCAAGCACGUCAACAUUUUUUAUACAUAUAAAGAAUGCCCCGUUCUGUAAAAUUUCUAUAAAUGCCCCCCUCCCUUAACCCCACCAAUCCCUCCUUCCCAAUUCACUUUCAUUUAACUUUACCUUCCUUCCGCUGUUUUUUAUUGUGGAAGGGGGCGGCGGGGGGUGGAGGAGGGAGGAGAGCUGUCUGUGGCGCUCUAUUGAUGACCUCACGGUUGUAUGUGGCGGUGCGGCGGGACGGGCCCGCUGAUUGGUUGCCCGUGUCACAGCGGCACUUCAAAGCCGGAGAGGAGCCUACAAUUGUGGAAGAAUGGGCGGAACACAUCAUUGUAUUGCACACCUCUAAAAAAACAGUGCUCUGAUUCAUAAAUAUAAAAAGAUCCUCUGAGGAGGGCAGUGUUUUUGUGUGAUGGCAACUUCACUUCUAGGGGAGGAGCCAAGGUUAGGAUCGACUCCUUUAGCCAUGUUAGCUGCAACAUGCAACAAAAUAGGGAGUCCGAGCCCCUCACCGUCCACAAUUUCGGAUAACUCAUCGUCCUUUGGGAAAGGCUUCCAUCCGUGGAAAAGAGCUGCUGCAAGCAGCUGCAGCCUCGGAUCCGGUCUGUCCGGCUUCGGGGUGUCCCGGAAUGGAUCUGGCAUCUCGGACUCUUUCGGCACCAACAGCUCCACCGGCUCCAGCGCCUUCUCCCUCACGUCGGGCACCUCGUCGAGUUCCCAUUUCGGAAACGAUUAUUCUGUUUUCCAAGCCUCCGUUUCGAGCAACUCUCAAGAGUCCAACCACCAGCCGGUGUUCAUCUCCAAGGUGCACACCUCGGUGGACAGUCUGCAGGGCAUCUACCCGAGGAUGAGCGUCGCGCAUCCUUACGAUUCCUGGUUCAAAUCAUCCCAUGCCGGCAUACCCGCAGGAGAGGUGGGCACCACCGGAGCCUCCGCGUGGUGGGAUGUGGGAGCGGGUUGGAUCGACGUCCAAAAUCCGAACGGAGCAGCACUACAGACGUCCUUACAUUCCGGUGGACUCCAGACCUCUUUACACUCUCCUCUUGGCGGAUAUAAUUCUGACUACUCAAGUUUAAGUCACUCAGCGUUCAGUACAAACCCCUCUCCACACCUGUUGACAACCGGUCAGCACCUGAUGGACGGUUUCAAACCGGUGUUAUCCUCAUAUCCGGACACAAGCCCAUCUCCGUUAACCGGAGCUGGGGGGACGAUGCUCUCCGCAGGUCCUCCUGCAUCUUUAGCGGGGUCUCCGAGGUCAUCUGCCCGGCGUUACUCAGGUAGAGCGACCUGCGACUGUCCAAACUGCCAGGAGGCGGAGAGACUCGGGCCGGCGGGCGCCAGCCUUCGGAGAAAAGGGCUCCACAGCUGUCACAUCCCCGGCUGUGGCAAAGUGUACGGAAAAACAUCCCACCUGAAGGCUCACUUACGGUGGCACACCGGCGAGAGGCCCUUUGUGUGCAACUGGCUCUUCUGCGGGAAGAGAUUCACGCGCUCCGACGAGCUGCAACGACAUUUACGCACGCACACCGGGGAGAAGCGGUUCGCCUGUCCGGUGUGCAACAAGAGAUUUAUGCGCAGUGAUCACCUGAGCAAACACGUUAAAACUCACAGCGCCGGGGGGUCCGCCGGCUCUGGCUCCGGGGGGAGCGGAGGGAAGAGGGGGAGUGAUACCGACAGCGAACACAGCGCACCGGGAAGUCCUCCGUGCCAUUCCCCCGACCUGUUGCACCCACCGGAAUCAAACCAAGCAGUAGGCAUGAACGGCCUCUAAGUGAAGCAAAAAAACUGUGCAGCAUCAAAGUGAUGAGAUUAAAUUGUCAGACGGGACGUAACAUGCAGCUGACACACUUUAAAUGCUUCCCCAUUGGUGUUAUUCAAAAGAAAACUUCGUUUCUUUGAUUUAUUUCCCCUCACUGGAGUGUUUCAGACUCAGCAGUCCGUUUCAUGGCACAUGAAACCUUCUUUUUGUUCCAUCUGCCGCGUAAAAGUGAAUUUAAGUUCUUGUGUGAGGCGCUGGAGCAAAUCUAGCCUUUUUUGCAGCCUUUUCUUUACAUGAUGAAGAUGCUUUACUCCUUAUUUUCUCCUUAUAGAAAAUCAUUGUAAAAAAUUGCGUUGUGAACUAUUGAGGCCUGCAAAAAGUUGCGCUACUGCUGUAUUGUCCUAAAACCAAACACUGGCACUUUAUUAUCUAGCGAAAGGAAAGUCUUUUUUUGUUUUGUUACUGUUUUUAUUUUUGUCAUUAUGGAUGGACUUACCAGAAAACCAGUCUGGUGAGAUGUGAGAUGCACUGAUUUUAAUGUUAUCUGUCGCAUUUUAAUCACAGAGGAGCAAUUGUCCAGAAACACACACUUUCCAAAUUUGCAGUUGUGCGCCGAUUUCGCAAGUAGGCCAGUCAAAGAUGACACUGUACUUUGCUGCAAAUUGUGCUGUACAUAAAGAAAAAGUAGGCUAGAGUAAUUACAGUGUAAAGGCGAGCAAUGUAUUUGUGCAGGAGGCGAGUUUUGUAUAGGUAUUUCUAGUUGUAUAUGGACACUAGUAAAUAUUUGAAAAUAUACGGAAAAUGUACUUGUAUUUUUUUCCUUUGACAUGUUAUCAAAUGUAUUGUGGGGAGUUGUAUUUAACCACGAAUUUCUCUUGUAUUUAGGGGGUCUGUAUCAUUAGGCGCACUUUGAAUUUAUUUGUAAGGUUUUUAAAUCAUUUACUGUUUGCCCACUCGUUUAAUUUAAGCAUGUUGUGAAGUGAUUUUAAUUUCACAAUGAUAUUUUUUUGCCCCCUGAGAAUGGCUUUUUAUGUGAGCCACUCAAUAAAAUCUCUAUGAAUUCAGCA